AUGGGGAAAGAGCAGGAACUGCUUGAAGCAGCAAGAACUGGAAAUGUUGCAGUUAUAGAGAGGUUGCUCGCCAGCAGAGUACGUCGAUCGGCAGGAGGGAGUGCACUUACAAGUGCUCUAGCCAGUCUCUGGAAUUUCAAAGGAGUAAAUGUGAACUGUGUGGAUGCUAAUGGCGGAACUCCUCUUCAUCUUGCUUCCCUCAAUGGACACAGGGAAGCAGUGACACUUCUCCUUCAAAAUGAGGCUCUGGUCAAUUCCACUGAUGAACGAGGAUGCACACCCCUGCAUUUAGCGUCAUGGAGUGGACGGUCCGACAUCUGCACCUUGCUUCUGCAACCCUCUUCAAUACCUGCUCAGAUCAACGCACAAAACAGUGAUGGUGAGACACCACUUCAUUGUGCUGCUCAACAUGGCCACUGCAUAACUGUCUCGGUCCUCCUCCAGGACAAUGCAGAUCCAACCAUACGAAACCUUGGAGAGUUCUCCCCCUUGGAUCUUGCUGCCCAAUAUGGCCGCCUUGAUGUUGUCAAACAGUUGAUCACAACUCACCCGACACUUGUGAACAACUUGAUAUUGAACCACUCUCCCUUACAUCUAGCGUCGAGGAGUGGACAUCGUGCCAUCGUCCAGUAUCUGCUGGAUUCUGGUUUCAGUGUCAACCUGAAGACUGAUGCAGGCACGCCAUUGCAUGAAGCUGCUACUUACUGUAAAACUGAUGUCAUCAAACUCCUGUUAGAUCGAGGUGUCAUGGUGGACGAGGAAGAUGCACGGGGACUCACACCUGCUGACAUCCUCAAAUCACUGCCGUCACAGAAGGCGCUUGAGGCCAUGAAGCUCAUCAGUGGUUUGGGAUCACAUCAAAUCCAGGACAGUGACCCUAUUGCAAAGAUGUAUGCGAAGAUGUCGUCAGUGACAAUAGAGAAGAAGGCAGCAGCAAAGCGGCAGGAAAGGUUUGGGGUGCAUUUAACUUCUCAUCUUGAUGAGUCAUUUGCCAGUGUUAAGUCCCUUGAUGCACUGUUUUCAUGGUAG